UGCGCUGUUUGCUUCCAGUGAGAGGCGGAGUCUCGAUCUCUAUGGGUGUUUGUCGAUGGAGAUAUGAGAGCCACGUAAUUAAGUUAAAAAAAACUUUAUUUUCCCCAGGAUGAAAUCACAGUUGCUUUUGUUUCUGUUCGCGGUGUCUCUUCUGGAUGCAGCCACCUGUAUGACUGAGAAAAAGCGAGGCCCAAAGGUAACAGCCAAGCCUGUGGUACACAUGAUAGAGCUCCAGGAAACAAACAAUGAAAACCUACCUCUUCAAGACUGUGUGAUUGUAAAUAGUGGCAAGAUAGACGUGAAAACACCUUUUGUGGUUGAAGUAAAUGAAGAUGACUAGAUAGCAGACCAGUGUCACUCAGGAAUAACACAGGAUAUGAGAGGAUGACAGUUUCUUGUAACAUCUUUGUUAGUGAUAUACCAAAGCAUUAUUCUACAUUUUCUACUGGACUUCUCGAGCAAGGAUUGACUCAUACAUUUCAAAGAUUAUUUACAAUGCAGUAAUCUAGAUAUGGGUGUGCGGAGCAUCCUUUCUCUAUGAGAAGCUUCUCUGAAUGUGGAGCUGUGGAAAGCAGAAGCACUCCUGUGACAAAAUGUUAAGGCGAUUAAUUGGCCCCACUCUCCUGCAAACCCAUCCCCAAUCACUGUGACCUGACCCACUUUAAUGACAGAUGAUAUAAAAUUAGCAGUGGCAUAACUGUUGACUCCCUGUGGGCUUACAUCACGUACUGGCUCUGUUAAAAUAAGACCCGAGGCCCAAUCUUGAUGCAAUAUUAGAUCUCACCAUUCAGGUGCAACGAAUACAUAAAUUGGGGAUAAAUUUUAGGCCUAUGUUUUUAGUACAACUAUGAAAUUGCAGAACUAUUCAGUCCUGUUUACAUUAUUUGCAAUGCUCUUUACUUUGUUCCACUUAAACUUUUAUAAAAAUGCUGUUUCACAAAUAUGUUACUUGUAUAGUAUCAUUUUUAUUAAAGUUAUAUUUGCAACCUAA